ACGUGCCUACUCCAAGGAACGGCGGUCAGCGACUCUCGCAUAUUUACAAAACAAUUCAUGACAUUUCACACUAGUUAAACAUAACUGAAAAGUGGACCAUUACUUUCAUCUUACCUGUUUUUCUUCAGUAUUGCACAAAUGAAAGGUGCAACUCCUUUAACUUAAACGGCUCCAAGUUUUAAAUUAGGUCUUGUUGUUAUUGAAUUAAUAAAUAUGCAUCUAUCUAUAUGCCUUGUUUGGCUUAUACAAAUUAUCUUUCCUUUGGUCGGAAGUGAUUGUGGCUGCAGUGUGAAUAGAAAUGGAGAAAAGGACCGUAAUAAUUUAUAUUCAGGCAAUAACAAUGAACAAUGCUCUGUUGAAAAUAUAAGUGAUAAAGUUGAAGAUGAACAGUGGUAUAACGAAAUGAUGGUAUUAGUGCCGGGUGGGGAAUACCAAUAUGGAACUGAUGACAUUGUAAUUGAAAAUGAUAAUGAAGGACCAAAGCGAAUUGUCAAAGUUAAAAGUUUUUUUUUGGAUAAGUAUGAAGUAUCAAAUCAGGAUUUUAAACACUUUACUAGAGUAACAAAUUAUAAGACUGAGGCAGAUAUUUUUGGAGACAGUUUUGUGUUUGCACUUUUUCUGAAUAAUACCUUUAAAGAAAAAAUCAAAGAUUUUCGAGUUGCCCAAGCUACUUGGUGGUACAAAGUGUUUGGUGCCAAUUGGAACCAUCCUUUUGGACCCGAUUCUAGUAUAAAAGAUGUAAUGGAUCACCCAGUUAUACAUGUAUCCUGGAAUGAUGCGAAAGCCUAUUGUAAGUGGAGAGGGGCAAGACUACCUACUGAAAUAGAAUGGGAAGCAGCAUGUAGAGGUGGACAUCAAGACAUUAAGUAUCCUUGGGGAAAUAAGCUUUUCCCAGAACGACAAUACAAGGCAAAUAUUUGGCAAGGAACCUUUCCACAUCAUAACUCUGCCAAAGAUAAUUUUGUUGGUACAAACCCUGUAGAAUUAUUUCCUCAAAACGAUUUUGGUCUUCAUAACAUGGCUGGAAAUGUUUGGGAAUGGACAGAAGAUGCAUGGACUGAAGAUGAUGUAAGUGA